AUGAAUAAUAGUAGUAGUAUGAUCUUCAAAACAUUAGUUGUAUUAUUGGCUAUAUUGGGUGUAUGUAAUGCAAAUUCGCCAUACUAUCUAGUAAUUGCAAAUAUAGGUUAUACCAAUGGUGAUUGCAAUGGCGAUGUUCACAAUGCCUACAGCUAUCAGGUGAACACCUGUGCUAAUGGAGUGGCCACCUACUGUUCACCUAACGAUAAUGUCGGUACUAUCGCCUCGUUCUUUGAUAACGAUUGUUCAUCUAGUCCUCUGAAUAUAGUUACCUAUCCGCUUGGUUGCAAUGGACAAUCCCUGGUUCUCUGUCAACAAGGUCCCUUCAAUAAUCACAGUGCUUCUACCUACGCCAGAUACGAAGAUUCCGCCUGUCAAACUGCGCCAACCUUUACACAGACCUACAUUUCAAAGGUAUGCAAUGAGGGUGUCGUGACUACUUGCGACGAUACAUCGACCACCAUCACCACCUUUGAAAACAGCGACUGCUCUGGUAAAUCAACGUCGAUGACACACACUUUGAAAACACAAUGUCAUACCGGUACACAAGGAUACGAACAGACAAACAGUUAUAAUGCAAAUAGUUCGAAAACUCUCGAACCAAAAUGUAGACUUAUGACAUAUCUAUCUUGUACCAUACAAUUUGAACAUCAACCAUACAUAGAGAUACAUUUUGAUUCACAAUAA